AUGGCGCGGGGGGACGCUCGCCGCGGCCGCGGGCUCAUCGCGCUGACCUUCUGCCUGGUGGCCGCGCGCGGGGAGCUGCUGUCAGCCCCGGAGCCGACUGUAGAGCUGAGCUGCGGAGUGGGGCCACUGCAAGUGAUCCUGGGCCUGGAGCAGGCUGUGGUGCUGGACUGUAGCUUGGGGGCCGCUGCUGCUGGACCCCCCACCCGGGUGACGUGGAGCAAGGAUGGGGACACCCUGCUGGAGCACGACAACCUACACUUGCUACCCAAUGGCUCCCUGUGGCUGUCCCAGCCACGAGCACCUGAUGACAGUGACGAGGCAGUCCCUGGGAACUUGGGGGCCAUUGAAGGCAGCUAUUCCUGCCUGGCCCAUGGCCCCCUCGGAGUGGUGGCCAGCCAGGCUGCUGUGGUCAAGCUCGCCACACUCGCAGACUUCUCUCUGCACCCGGAGGCUCAGACGGUGGAGGAGAACGGGACAGCUCGCUUUCAGUGCCACAUCGAAGGGCUGCCAGCCCCCACCAUUACUUGGGAGAAGGACCAGGUGACAUUGUCUGAGGAGCCUCGGUUUAUCACUCUUCCCAAUGGCGUCCUUCAGAUCCUGGAUGUUCAGGAGAGUGACAAGGGCUCCUACCGCUGUGUGGCCACCAACUCAGCCCGCCAGCGCUUCAGCCAGCAGGCCCUCCUCAGUGUGGCCUGCAGAGGGUCCCUGGCAUCCACCAGGGGGCAGGACGUGGUCAUCGUGGCAGCCCCAGAGAACACCACUGUGGUGUCUGGCCAGAGUGUGGUGAUGGAAUGUGUGGCCUCUGCUGACCCCACCCCUUUUGUGUCCUGGGUCCGACAGGACGGGAAGCCCAUCUCCACGGAUGUCAUCGUCCUGGGCCGCACCAACCUGCUGAUCGCCAGCGCGCAUCCCCGGCACUCGGGCGUCUACGUCUGUCGCGCGAACAAGCCCCGCACGCGCGACUUCGCCACUGCGGCGGCCGAGCUCCGCGUGCUGGCGGCCCCUGCCAUCUCGCAGGCGCCCGAGGCGCUGUCGCGGACGCGAGCGAGCACAGCGCGGUUUGUGUGCCGCGCGUCUGGGGAGCCGCGGCCGGCGCUGCGCUGGCUGCACGACGGGGCGCCGCUGCGGCCCAACGGGCGUGUCAAGGUCCAGGGUGGCGGCGGCAGCCUGGUCAUCACGCAGAUCGGCCUGCAGGACGCCGGCUACUACCAGUGCGUGGCUGAGAACAGUGCGGGAACCGCGUGUGCCGCAGCGUCGCUGGCCGUAGUGGUGCGCGAGGGGCUGCCCAGCGCCCCCACGCAGGUCACGGCCAGACCGCUGAGCAGCUCUGCUGUGUUGGUGGCCUGGCAGCGGCCCGAGCUGCACAGCGAACAGAUCAUUGGCUUCUCCCUCCACUACCAGAAGGCACGGGGCAUGGACAAUGUGGAGUACCAGUUUGCAGUGAACAAUGACACCACCGAGCUACAGGUUCGAGACCUGGAACCCAACACGGAUUAUGAGUUCUACGUGGUGGCCUACUCCCAGCUGGGGGCCAGCCGCACCUCCACCCCAGCACUGGUCCACACGCUGGACGACGUCCCCAGUGCAGCACCCCAGCUCUCCCUGUCCAGCCCCAACCCCUCGGACAUCAGGGUGGCAUGGCUGCCGCUGCCCCCCAGCCUGAGCAACGGGCAGGUGGUGAAGUACAAGAUAGAGUAUGGUUUGGGAAAGGAAGAUCAGAUCUUCUCCACCGAGGUGCCAGGGAAUGAAACCCAGCUUACGCUGAACUUACUUCAGCCAAACAAGGUGUAUCGAGUCCGGAUUUCGGCUGGCACAGGGGCCGGCUUCGGGGCCCCCUCCCAGUGGAUGCAGCACCGGACGCCCAGUAUGCACAAUCAGAGCCAUGUCCCUUUUGCCCCUGCAGAGUUGAAGGUGCAGGCAAGGAUGGAGUCCCUGGUCGUGUCAUGGCAGCCGCCUCCUCACCCUACCCAGAUCUCUGGCUACAAACUAUACUGGCGGGAGGUGGGGGCCGAGGAGGAGGCCAACGGUGAUCGCCCCCUGGGGGGCCGUGGAGACCAGGCUUGGGAUGUGGGCCCCGUCCGGCUCAAGAAGAAAGUGAAGCAGUAUGAGCUGACCCAGCUAGUCCCUGGCCGGCUGUACGAAGUGAAGCUUGUGGCAUUCAACAAACAUGAGGAUGGCUACGCGGCAGUGUGGAAGGGCAAGACAGAGAAGGCUCCCACGCCAGACCUGCCGAUCCAGAGGGGUCCGCCCUUGCCCCCAGCCCACGUCCAUGCAGAAUCAAACAGCUCCACGUCCAUCUGGCUUCGGUGGAAAAAGCCGGACUUCACCACAGUCAAGAUUGUCAACUACACCGUGCGCUUCAGCCCCUGGGGGCUCAGGAAUGCCUCUCUGGUCACCUACUACACCAGUUCAGGAGAAGACAUCCUCAUUGGCGGGCUGAAGCCAUUCACCAAAUACGAGUUUGCGGUACAGUCCCACGGCGUGGACGUGGACGGGCCUUUCGGCUCCGUGGUAGAGCGCUCCACCCUGCCUGACCGGCCCUCAACGCCCCCGUCUGACCUGCGCCUGAGCCCCCUGACACCGUCCGCUGUGCGGCUGCACUGGUGCCCCCCUGCAGAGCCCAAUGGCGAGAUCGUGGAGUAUCUGAUCCUCUACAGCAACAACCACACCCAGCCCGAGCACCAGUGGACCCUGCUCACCACAGAGGGAAACAUCUUCAGUGCUGAGGUACACGGCCUGGAGAGCGACACUAGGUACUUCUUCAAGAUGGGGGCGCGCACAGAGGUGGGGCCUGGACCCUUCUCCCGCCUGCAGGAUGUGAUCACUCUUCAGGAGAAGCUCUCGGACUCCUUGGACCUGCACUCAGUCACGGGCAUCAUCGUGGGUGUCUGCCUGGGCCUCCUCUGCCUCCUGGCCUGCGUGUGUGCCGGCCUGCGCCGCAGCCCCCACAGGGAAGCCCUCCCGGGCCUGUCCUCUGCGGCCACCGCUGGAAACCCUGCACUGUACUCCAGAGCCCGGCUUGGCCCUCCCAGCCCCCCAGCUGCCCAUGAACUGGAGUCCCUCGUACAGCCCCGUCCCCAGGACUGGUCUCCCCCUCCCUCAGACAUGGAGGACAGGGCUGAAGUACACAGCCUUAUUGGUGGCAGUGUUUCUGAUGGCAGGUGUCACUCCAAGAGGAAGAUCUCCUGGGCUCCGCCAGGAGGGCCGAGCUGGGCAGGUACCUGGGCAGGCUGUGAGCUGCCCCAGGCAGGCCCCAGGCCCGCUCUGACCCGGGCCCUGCUGCCCCCUGCUGGAACUGGGCAGACGCUGUUGCUGCAGGCUCUGGUGUACGAUGCCAUAAAGGGUAAUGGGAGGAAGAAGCCACCCCCAGCCUGCAGGAACCAGGUGGAGGCCGAAGUCAUUGUCCACUCUGACUUUAGUGCGUCCAAGGGGAACCCCGACCUCCAUCUCCAAGACCUAGAGCCUGAGGAUCCCCUGCCUUCCGAGGCUCCUGAUCUCAUCUCAAGUGUUGGGGAGGCAGGGCCGGGGACAGACUGGCUGGACAGGGAACCGGGAGGGUGUGAGCAGGCAGCCACUGGGCCAGACAGACUGACCUGCCUCCCAGAGGCAGCCAGUGCUUCCUGCACCUACCCUGACCUCCAGCCCCGUGAGGCUCUGGAGGAGGCCCCUGGAAACAGCUGCCAGCCCAAAGCCCCCUGCCCUCUAGGAGCCAGCCCAGGCCUGCCCAGAGCCUCAGUCUCCUCCUCUGCUUAGCACCCCUAGAGGGUGCGGUUUGGGAUGGGCUGGUGUGGAUCCCAGGAUGUGACAUGCAUGGUCACGCGUGUAUACAUGUCUGCCUGCAGAUACAUCAUCAAGCCCUUCGGAGCCUCCCAGGGUGCUUUGGCUGGGGGGAGAGGAAGAAAUGGAUUAUUCGCUCCCCCCAUACUUCUUUGCGACACGUACAUGAUAUGUGAGAGACAUAUGAGACACAGCUACAUGUGAUAUACACACAUGUGAAGCACAUGUGUGUGUACUGGUUAGUGAGCUGGGAAACUUUGGCCUAGGCAUUGGUCACUAUGGUCUGAUUGAUCCUCCAGGUCAGGACAGUGCCCCAGAGUGGUCAGUCCCCAGCUGCUUUGUCGCCCAGCCUUUUAUUACACACUCUGAGAGUGUCUCCAAUGCCUGUCUGACAGACAGCCCCAGCCGCGUUCCUGACCGGCUGGGUCGAGUGUGAGUAGGCUCAAGAGGCCUGGCACUUUAGCUGCGUCACCUCCCAUCUCCCCGGUGCCCAAACUGAGAGGGUGAGCCUGGCUCCCCUCAGAGCAACUCUGUGUUUCAUUUUGUCAUUUAGGAAGUUCUCUCUCCCCUCCUUCCUUGCCCUCCACUACUCUGGUGGCCUGUCUCCCUGCCAACUUGCUCUCCCAGCUCUAGUGCCCUCCCUUCCUCCCCAUGCUCUUCCCUGUCCUCUCUCCUGGUUCCCUUUCGCUGCUGUCUCUCAUGCCUCUCCCAGACCGUGUCAUUCUGUUCUCCUGCCUGAGUUCAAUCUCUGCACCCUUUCCUAACAACGUGACUACCUCAUGUCUGCUUCAAGGCCAUCGUGCCACUCCUGUGUCUGCCACCAUUCACCUUGGCUGUCACCCUCCUGUCCCCCACUCCCGUCUCUCCGAGCUGCCACUUGCCUCCUCCCCGGGCAGACUUCCCACCCUCAGUGCAGGUUUGGAGAAGACCUUCUGGCUUCCCUGCACCUGUCUCCUUGGGAUUGGGAUGGGAGGGUUCUCCUUGGUGGUGAUGAAUCCAAGUCACACAGGGGAAUUUCUGAGACAGAGAAGGGGGACUGUGACCCAGAGGUUCAGAAUAAAAUGAUCCCUCCCUUCCAUGCAGGGAGGCAGGUUUGCUGGAUGGAGAUGAUUUCACACCUUUCUUCCCUACAGAAACUAGAGGGGGAGAAGGGGAGUGGCAGUUAGGGAAGCCACUGCCCACCCUGUGAGCCUUGAAUGUGACCUGAUCUGGGGUAGGGGUGAGAAGAACCCCAUUCUCUGGGGUGCUAGAAGGGAGGUCUUUGCACAGAAAAAGGAUGGUUGGCGCAUCUCAUUUUUUUCUUUAAAUGGAAUGCUGAAGUCAUUUUCUGUUGACCUGCCGGCUUGACUUCUAUUUCCUGUGUAGUGAAAACAAUGCCAUUUAUCUGAUUUUUCACCUUGGCGCUCUCACAGGAGCAUAGAAUGUGGGGGUCUUUGCUCCCUAAUUGCAUCUUUUUAACUGAUCGGCACGUCAAGAGUUAACUCUGGCUUCUGGGCCAGAUUAGAAAUAACCAGUCCAUCUUUCCUUUUUUUUUUUUUUUUCAAAUGGUGAAAUGUCUCUGAGCAGAGUUUCAGCUUCCUCAAACCCUGAAAGCAUCUGUGUUUAUUAUACUCGGGUGUCACUCACAUUUGACAUCCGCACCUACAUUUCCACCUCCUCCCCUUCCUUCAACCAGCCUAUGAUAACACUAAAGAUUAUUAAUGUUGGUUUUGUAUCUCGUUAAAGACAGAAUUGUCACUAGUACUAUUUCUGUACCAUUCAGCGUUGCUGUGGCUAACGCCAGCGUGUAUGUUUCAUCGUUGCUCUGAAGGUCAAAAGCCUCAUUUUAUUUUGCUGGUUUGAUUUUUUUUUUUUUUUAAGAAAAAACUGCCCUGAAUUAAAUGGCUGUUUUAACAGUAGGCUCUUAGCAUUACACCACAUAGUCAUUUUUCAUGUUCUUGUUUAACAGGCACUGAGGUUCUGGUUUAAAUUAAAUAGCUGCAAAUGAGACAAUUUAUAACCCAUUAGGUUGGGUGGAAAAUUGUUUCUCAAAAGCAAAUAAGUAAUAAAUCUGGUAUCUGCCUAUAACUCACAGUUGAUAAGAAAGUGGCCAUUACUCACUAGCAUUAUAUAUGAUUUGGGCUCUGGGUAAUUUGGAAGUGUUAGGUUUGUGUCUUUGUAGCAGUAUUUUUAUUAGAAAAGAGUCUAUUGGCCUUUUACAGGGUAUUAAUCCCUUUGUCACCUACCAUUGAUGCCUUAAGUUUUUUGAGUCUCUUUUAAAAAUCUUCCUUUUCUUGAUGCAUGACAAGUGUAAUCAAACUGUCUGUAUUUAGUUUAUGCUGUACUAUUUAAUUAUUUUUCCAGCAUUUUUUUCUUCUUACAAAUGAUAUUCUUUAGUGUUAAGCUAAGGCAUUGAUCAUGUAUCUGUCCCUAUAAUGAAUUAAUAAACUAUUUUCCAAAAA